GCCCCCGCCCCAGAUUUCCGGGGGAGCUGGCGGGCGGGGUACCCACGGGGCCGCUGCCGUCAGCGCCCCUUCCCGGCGUCCGCGACCCCUCCCCGCUGACCUCACCCGCGCCUCCGCCCCGCGCAGAUAUAAGCAGCGGCCCCUCCGAGAAGCGGGCAGCGGGGUCCGGGUCCUGCCAGCGCUCCCCGCCUCCUGAUCCGCCGGCUCUAGGCCCCAAAACUCCGAACUCGGAGCCCCAGGAUCUCGGACCGGUCCCGCGGAGCUCGCGCCCGGCAGGCCCCGAAAUGCCUGGCCCUUGGUUGCUGCUCGCCUUGGCGUUGACCUUGACCGUGGCUGGUAUUCCGGGAGGCCGCGCCCAGCCGGAGGUGGCCCAGCACGAGGCCGGUGAGCACGCAGGCCUGGACGACCUCUUGCGCCAGGCAGAGCGCCUCCUCCUCCUCCAGGAAGACCUCCUGCGUCUGCGAGGGAAUCAGGACGAUGGAGAAUCAGAGUCCCAGAUCAUUCAACCCGACUGGCUCUCCAAGCGUCAGCAUCCUGGCAAAAGGGAGGAGGAGGAGGCAGAAGACGGAGUUGAAGAGGAAGAAGAAGGAGGGGCCAUGGGCCCCCACAAGCGGCAGCACCCUGGCCGGCGGGAGGAUGUGGCUGCAUGGUCAGAGGUAACCCAGCAGAAGCGGCAGCACCCUGGCCGGCGCUCCUCCUGGCUUGGGUACACUUUCACCAAGAGGCAGCACCCAGGCAGACGGCUGGCGGAUCCCAAGGCCCAAAGGAGCUGGGAAGAAGAGGAAGAGGAGGUGGAGGAGGGAGAGCUGAUGCCUGAGAAACGCCAACAUCCGGGCAAGAGGGCUCUGGGAGGCCCAUGUGAGCCUCAGGGAGCCUGUGGUCAAGCCAGCCUCCUGCUGGGGCUCCUGGAUGACCUGAGCAGGGGUCAGGGGGCUGAGGAGAAGCGGCAGCAUCCUGGGCGGCGGGCGGCCUGGGCCAGGGAGCCCCUGGAGGAGUGAACCCAGCUUCCUAUCAAGUUUGGGGUCUAAGAAUGUCUUAAGUCCUGUGGGUCCUAUUCCCUUUGUGACCCCUUCUUUCCCUCCUCCUUAGAUCCCUGACCAUAAACCCGAGCCCCCUGUGUGUACAACACCCAGUUCCCUGGCCUUGUUCCCC